CUAUGCCGUGUCGAGGAAAAUCGAGCCUUUCUACAAAGGAGGGCGAGUCCAGAUAAACCGGGAUGGAAAGUUCAUGUUUUGCCCCUGUGGGACGAAGCUGAAUGUCAUCGAUGUAGAAACAGGAGCUCUGUACAGCCUCCAGCAGGAUGAGGAGGAGGACAUCAGUUCGUUUGUUCUUAGCCCUGACGAUGAGAUCCUCGUGACAGGGAGCCGAGCCCUGUUGCUGAAGCAGUGGAACUGGCGAGAGAACAAGUGCAUUCGCACGUGGAAAGCUGUGCACAUAGCGCCAGUUGCUAGCAUGGCCUUUGACUCUACGUCAACGUUGUUAGCCACAGGAGGCUGUGACAGCACCAUUAAGAUCUGGGAUAUGAUCAAACAGUACUGCACACACAACCUAAAAGGAUCUUCAGGAGUUGUACACCUUGUUGAGUUCCACCCUGAUAUCUCCCGUCUGCAACUCUUCUCCUCCUCAAUUGACUACAAAAUCCGCAUCUGGGACCUGAAUUCUAGCAAGUGCGUUGCUAUGCUGGACGGUCACUUCAGUGCUGUCACCUCGCUGGCCUUUGCAGAUGGAAACACGCUCAUUAGUUCUGGCCGUGAUAAAAUCUGCAUGGUGUGGGACCUGAAAACCAGAGAAAGUAAACGAACUGUCCCUGUCUACGAGAGUGUGGAAGCUGCCAUCUUGUUACCUGAUAAGGGAGAUUUCUCUCAACUGGGUGUGAAGAAACAAGGGUUGCACUUUGUCACAGCUGGCAGCAAAGGCAUCCUGAAAGUGUGGGAGGUUGCCACAGCUGCUUGUGUGUAUACCCAGCCUGUGCCUUUUGAAUCCAAGGAGGAGGCCAGCGAGCGCAGUCUCACCCAGUGCAUGCUUGUGCCUGAGAGAAAUGAGAUUGUCACAGUGUCUGUGGAACACAACAUUGUUUUCUAUGAUGCUCACACUCUUCAGCUCAGGAAGCAGCUUGCAGGUUACAACGAUGAGGUUCUGGAUGUGAAGUUCCUUGGACCUGGUGAUUCUCAUAUUGUUGUGGCUACCAACAGCCCUCAGCUGAAAGUGUUUGAACUGGCAACAUCACACUGCCAGAUCCUCUAUGGCCACACAGAAACAAUUCUUGCUUUGGAUGUCUUCAGAAAAGGCCUGAUGUUUGUCAGCUGUGCUAAGGACAAAAGCAUUCGAGUCUGGCGGAUGAACAAAAAUGGAAGGGUGACUUGUGUUGCCCAGGGAUUGGGUCAUGCACAUGGGGUAGGAGCUGUUUCUUGCUCAAGACUGAAGGAAAGUUUCAUAGUGACCAGCAGUCAGGACUGCACAAUCAAGAUCUGGAAUAUCCCGGAAUCGCUCACUUCCAAGGCAAAAGCAGCCUUGCUCUCCAGUCCAGAAACCCUUCAUGCAAAAGUGACUGAGAGGGGUCAUGACAAGGACAUAAACAGCGUGACGGUUUCUCCGAAUGACAAGCUCAUUGCCACAGGCUCACAGGAUCGGCUGGCCAAGCUGUGGUCCUGUUCUGAUUGCUCUUUGCUGGGUGUCUUCACCGGACAUAAGCGUGGAAUCUGGUGCGUGCAGUUCUCCCCAGUGGAUCAGAUCUUGGCCACCUCUUCAGCAGAUGGGACCCUGAAGCUCUGGGGUCUUCGGGACUUCAGCUGUCUGAAGACCUUCGAAGGUCAUGAUGCCUCUGUACUGAAGAUCAUUUUUGUAAGCCGAGGAACACAGCUGCUCAGCAGCGGUUCUGAUGGUCUCUUAAAACUCUGGACAAUUAAAACAAAUGAAUGUGUGAAGACAUUAGAUGGUCACGAAGAUAAAAUCUGGGGUCUUCAUUCUAACAAGCAAGAUGAUAUGGUUGUGACAGCAUCCAGUGACUCCUGCAUCACACUGUGGAAG